CCUCCAGCCCUGGUGGGGUCAUCCGUGGCCCCGCCCCGCGCGCCUCUCCUGAGGCGGGUCAGCUCAGUCAAAGCGCCCGCCCUCACGCAUUAAAUGGGCUGAUGGGGCGCAGCCCCCGGAAACUACCGUGCACUCCGGGGUUGUGAGUGUGGCUGGCAGCGGUGACGAAGCGCAGCAUCAUGGCAGAGCAGGUGGCCCUGAGUCGAACCCAGGUGUGUGGGAUCCUGCGGGAAGAGCUGUACCAAGGUGAUGCCUUCCACCAGACUGAAACACACAUAUUUAUCAUCAUGGGUGCAUCGGGUGACCUAGCCAAGAAGAAGAUCUACCCUACCGUCUGGUGGCUGUUCAAGGAUGGCCUUCUGCCUGAAGAGACCUUCAUCGUGGGCUAUGCCCGCUCCCGCCUCACAGUGGAUGACAUCCGCAAACAGAGUGAGCCCUUCUUCAAAGCCACCCCAGAGGAGAAGCCCAAGCUGGAGGAGUUCUUUUCCCGAAACUCCUAUGUGGCAGGCCAGUAUGAUGAUCCGGACUCCUACAGGCAUCUCAACAGCCACAUAAAUGCCCUCCAUCAGGGGCUACAGGCCAACCGUCUGUUCUACCUGGCCUUGCCCCCAACUGUCUAUGAAGCUGUCACCAAGAACAUCCACGAGACCUGCAUGAGCCAGACAGGCUGGAACCGCAUCAUCGUGGAGAAGCCCUUCGGGAGAGACCUGCAGAGCUCUGACCAGCUGUCUAAUCACAUCUCCUCUCUGUUCCGUGAAGACCAGAUCUACCGCAUCGACCACUACCUGGGCAAGGAGAUGGUUCAGAACCUCAUGGUGCUGAGAUUUGCCAACAGGAUCUUUGGCCCCAUCUGGAAUCGGGACAACAUUGCCUGUGUGAUCCUCACCUUCAAAGAGCCCUUUGGCACUGAGGGCCGUGGAGGCUACUUUGAUGAAUUUGGGAUCAUCAGAGACGUGAUGCAGAACCACCUCCUGCAGAUGCUGUGUCUGGUGGCCAUGGAAAAACCAGCUUCCACGAGCUCUGAUGACGUCCGAGAUGAGAAGGUCAAGGUAUUGAAAUGUAUCUCAGAGGUACAAGCCAACAAUAUGGUCCUGGGCCAAUACGUGGGGAACCCCAAUGGAGAAGGCGAGGCUACCAAAGGGUACCUGGAUGACCCCACAGUGCCCCGUGGGUCCACCACUGCCACCUUUGCAGCUGUCGUCCUCUAUGUGGAAAAUGAGCGGUGGGAUGGGGUGCCCUUCAUCCUGCGCUGUGGCAAAGCUCUGAAUGAACGUAAGGCUGAAGUGAGACUGCAGUUCCGCGAUGUGGCAGUGGACAUCUUCCACCAGCAGUGCAAACGCAAUGAGCUAGUGAUCCGCGUUCAGCCCAAUGAGGCCGUGUAUACCAAGAUGAUGACCAAGAAGCCUGGCAUGUUCUUCAACCCUGAAGAGUCAGAGCUGGACCUAACCUAUGGCAACAGAUACAAGAAUGUGAAGCUGCCCGACGCCUAUGAGCGCCUCAUCCUAGAUGUCUUCUGUGGGAGCCAGAUGCACUUUGUGCGCAGUGAUGAGCUUCGCGAGGCCUGGCGCAUCUUCACACCACUGCUUCAUCAGAUUGAUCGUGAGAAGCCCAAGCCCAUCCCCUAUGUUUAUGGCAGCCGUGGCCCUGCGGAGGCAGAUGAGCUGAUGAAGAGAGUAGGCUUCCAGUAUGAGGGCACCUACAAGUGGGUAAACCCCCACAAGCUCUGAGCCCUGGGCACCCACCACAUCCACAUACUAACCCUCUCGUCCACCCAGUCUGGGUCUGUCCUUCCCACAACCCAACCCUGUAUCAGGACUAUUGACCUCAUUCUGAAAAGACUUCGGGACCAUAGGCCUCAGGUGCACAUUCCUGACCCUGAGCUUGGGCCACCACUGUCUCUUGCUGCUGCCGUUGCUGUCACCACUGCUACCACCAGAGCCCAGCUACAUUCCUCAAGUACCAAGCACUCAAGACUUUCUGUUACUCUCUCAGGGCCACCAUAGGCCCUAUCUGAGCCACUCAGCUCUCCAUGGGACCUGAAUCACCUCCUCCCUUCACUUCACCUCCCACACAGGAAGAGAAGAGUGGCCCAUCAGUCUGUCCCAGAAUUCUUCAGGACAGUAGUUCGGAAUAAUGGAGAGGGGCUGUGGGCCUCAGAGAGACAUUGACCAAACCACACUCCCCACUGGCUAUGGGUAAGCUCCUCAGAACUUGAGGAAGUGGUCAAGGCCGCCCAUGUAGCACCUGCUCAUGACCACCACACCAGCCUCAUUCCUACUUAACAUUCCUCAUCACCAGCUGGAAGGGACCUCGUGCUGCCCAGCAAUGUCUUGGGCUCCCAGAUGACCCCAUGCCAAUUCUGCACUCCAUGUCUAUACUUACCUCACCACAGGAAAGAGAAGCAGCAGUUUAGACCCCACCCCAACCUCUGUCAUUAAAUCCUCAAACAGCUUCA